AUAAGCAGGAGUUAACUGAGAGGGGUUUUUUUUGUUGGAAACUGCCAUGGGCAGUUAUCGAACCUCCCUCUUCUGUCAAAAAAAGAAGACGCCAAUAUUCUCUAUCUCUCUUCCUCUAGCGUCCGCCGGCAUUUUUACAAAAUCGUGCGUCCGAUCAUCUUCGUCCAUCUUCAUUUUUCGUUGCCGACCCCUGAGAUGGGGCCCUGUGCAUCCGCACGCACACAGUCUCUGUGCAGGACCUCCUGUGAAUAGAUGCCACUUUUAACUGCAACAUGCUCCGCGCGGGACAACGCUUUAUCACGGGCAUUCUUUUUACUGUCAGACUCUCUGGUUUUCUGGCAACAUGCCACGGCAGUCUUCCGCCCGACAGUUUGCAUUUCGCAGACGAGAAGCAAGAAAAGUUCAUGAAGGCUUUGCAGAGUUAUGAAAUCGUUCAACCCGUCAAAGUAGACGAGAGUGGAACUUUUCUCUCCCGGGACGUCAUUCACUAUGUCAGUCACGUUGGAAGGCGGGACCUCAGCAAGCAAGCCGACCGCGUAUAUUACCAAAUUGUUCACCGAGGGCGAAAAUUGCUCUUUAACUUGACCGUCAAUCGACCUUUUCUUUCUCCGGGCUACGUCCUGGAGAAAAGGUACGGGAACGUAACUGGUGCCUUGAUUCAGGCCCAUGCAGAGAACACGUGUCAUUUCCUAGGGAGAGUAGAGCAUCAAACUCUGGGGAGUGGAGCUGCUGCCGUCAGUACCUGUGAAGGACUGCGUGGUUUUUUCCGUCUGCACAGUGAAGACUAUUUUAUCGAACCGAUACAGCGUUCCCCACAAGACAGAGAAAAGCCGCAUCUACAUAUUAUUUACAAGAGGCAGGUUUCUCAACGUUCUCGGAGACAGCACCAUGAAUUCACUCCUGGGAUCUCGGGGACUUGUGGAAUACAAGAUACGUUCAGUAAUAUCCUGAAGCCAGAGAGACAGAGAGAGCGAUGGGAAGAGACCCAUAGAAAAGGGCGCAGAAUUUCUCAACGAUCAAUCAGCAAAGAACGAUGGGUUAAAACUUUAGUGGUUGCUGACACCAAAAUGAUAGAAUAUCAUGGGAGUGAAAACGUGCAGUCAUAUAUCUUUACUAUUAUGAAUAUGGUUGCAAGCUUGUUCCAUCAUCCUAGUAUUGGCAACGCAAUCCACAUCAUAUUGGUGCGUCUCAUUUUACUAGAAGAAGAAGAGAAAGAACUAAAAAUUAUUCAUCAUGCUGACCAUACACUUUCCAGUUUCUGCAAGUGGCAAAAGAACAUGAAUCCUAAAGGUGACUCCAGUCCAAAUCAUCAUGAUGUAGCCGUGUUGAUAACCAGGAAGGAUCUCUGUGCUGGGAUGAAUCGUCCCUGUGAGACGCUUGGGCUAUCUCAUGUCUCGGGAAUGUGCCAACCACACCGAAGCUGCAAUGUUAAUGAAGAUUCUGGCUUGCCUGUAGCAUUCACCAUCGCACAUGAGAUUGGACACAGUUUUGGCAUGCAGCAUGAUGGGCAGAGUGAUGACUGUGAACCCAUGGAGAACUAUCACUUCAUCAUGUCUCGACAAUUGCAGUAUGAUCAGUCUCCUCUCGUGUGGUCACACUGCAGUAAAGAUUACAUCACACGCUUUCUAGAUCGAGGCUGGGGUUUCUGUCUCAAUGAUCCGCCGUCUGAGCAGGAGUUAACGAUUCCCACCAUAGCUCCAGGAGUGCUGUAUGAUGUCCAUCAUCAAUGUCAACUCCAGUAUGGACCCAACUCUACCUUCUGUGAGGAAAUGGAUAAUAUUUGUCAAACACUCUGGUGCUCAUUGAAUGGCUCUUGCAGAUCUAAACUGGACGCUGCAGCAGACGGAACCAGCUGUGGAGAGAAGAAGUGGUGCUUCAAUGGUGAGUGCGUAGCAGUUGGCAACCGUCCAGAAGCUGUUGAUGGAAGAUGGAGCACCUGGAACUCCUGGUCACAUUGCACACGUUCAUGUGGCGUAGGUGUUCAAGCAGCCGAGAGACACUGCAACAAUCCUGUCCCAAAGUUUGGUGGAAAGUACUGCACUGGAAAACGCAAACAAUAUCGCAUCUGCAAUGUCAUACCAUGUCUACAGGAGACACCCACAUUUCGUCAGAUGCAGUGCAGCGAGUUUAACACAGUUCUUUACAAAAAUGAACUCUACUCCUGGAUUCCAGUUCAUCACGUUGCUAAUCCCUGUGAACUACAUUGUCGGCCCAAUGAAGGACAGUUCUCUGAGAAGAUGCUCGAUGCAGUGCUAGAUGGGACAUCGUGCACUGAAGCUGUAAACAGCAGGGACAUCUGCAUUAAUGGCAUAUGUAAGACUGUCGGCUGUGACUACGAAAUAGAAUCCAAUGCAAUUGAAGACCAAUGUGGGGUGUGUCAUGGGAACGGCUCCUUCUGUCAAACAGUAAAGAAGACUUUUGAAGAGAGCGAAGGAUUAGGUUAUGUAGAUGUGGGUCUGAUUCCUGAAGGAGCACGUGAUAUUCGAGUGGAAGAAAUAACUGAAGCAGGGAAUUUCUUAGCCUUGAGAAGUGAAGAUCCAAAUAAAUAUUUUCUCAAUGGAGGGUUUAUUAUUCAGUGGAACGGAGACUACAAAGCAGCGGGAACAACAUUUAAAUAUGAAAGAAAUGGCAAUCUGGAAAAUCUAACUGCUCCAGGACCAACAAAAGAACCUGUUUGGAUUCAGCUACUGUUUCAAGAGACAAACCCUGGAAUCCGAUAUGAAUACACAAUCAAGAAAGAUACAGAAGAAGAGAACAGAAUUGGGCAGCCAGAGUUCUUCUGGAAAUACGGAGCUUGGACAGAAUGUAGUGCACCAUGUGGACAAGGAAUUCAACGGCAAAUUGUUCGAUGUGUGGAAAAGACACCCAGAGUUGUGGAAGACAGGUUCUGCAAUGCACGGACUCGUCCUGAUGACAAACAACAAAAAUGCAAUGAAAUGGAUUGCCCUUCCAGGUGGUGGACUGGUGAGUGGCAGGAAUGCUCAGCAUCAUGUGGGAAUGCUGGGAUCAAGAAACGCACGGUUCUCUGUAUUCGCACCAUGGGGACCGAUGAGCAGGCACUUCCCAAUUCAGAAUGUAAACAACUUCUGAAAUCAAGGAGUCAAAUGCCAUGCAACAGAGAUAUUCAUUGUCCUUCAAACUGGACCGUGGGCAAUUGGAGUGAAUGUUCGGCUACAUGUGGAGGUGGAAUCCGCACACGGACAGUGACGUGCACCUUGAAUAAUAAGAGGCUCUGCAAUAUCUCCAAAAGACCACAUACUAAAGGAUUGUGUGGCUUAAAGAGUUGCCCCACCAAUAGGAAACAACUGCCUCCUCCGCGGAAGCCCAAAGGGGACAAGAUUUUUAACAAAGUCUACCCUAACAAGCUGGGGCCUAAAUUUGUACCGAAUCACUCGGGUGCAAAAGUCCAACCUAAUUAUAAACACAUGCUUAUCACUACUGAUCAGCCACUUCUCAUCAACACCACUGCUCAGCCACCCGAUGAUAUUAACACUGCAAUUUCUAUAUCUACCACAAUGAAAAAACAGAUAUAUUUGGACAAUAACCUUGACCCCAAUGGGGAAAACAACACUGUGUUGUAUAAUGAACAUUAUGAUAAUAAAUUUGUUCCAAGCCAUCAAACUCUCUCCAGGGAGGGUAAUACUACUAACGGAAAGAGAUUUCCUGGACACAACACACCUACAAUUCAAAUUGUGAAUGGUACACAAAAUACUACUGAUAAAAAUAUUGGGAUGUCUGACGACGAUGAAAUAACCACAGAGAAGAUUGAUAACUUUCUCUCAUUUACAGACGAACCUGAGGUUACUCGUAUAAUAAGUAAAUCUGAUGGUGCAGUUGCAACACCAACAGCCCCUGACAAUGGCGAAAGAUCCACAUUGUUUACCAGUCCAUGGAAAACCCUUGUGUCUACAGUAAAACCUAGCAGCACUCCAGCAGUUAAGCCAAGUGUAACAACACCGCCUAUUUCUGAUCAUAACAAGUCAGGUUUUUCAAAGUUUAAAGCACACCCAAAAAUCAAAGCAACUAUUGACAGGCUUAAACUUAAAUUACUAAUGAUGCUAAAUCCAGAACGCUUUUCCAAUACCAAUGAUAACACAGCUCUUGAUGUGGGCUUUAAUGAUGAAAAGAGGCACCAGGACAAUUCUGAACUUACAACUUCUAGAGCAGUUGUUAUCACAUCUCCAACGUGGGUGAAACUGUCAAAGCCGCAGGGAAGUAAAUCACUGUUCUCUGAAGCACAGACUACCACUGCAGCAUCUUUGAUGAAUACUCUGUCCACAAACACACCAAACAAAUUCAUCAACAUUACCACAGACCAUGUUGAAUUUGAGAACUUAACUAGUAGAGACAUUGUUUUCUGGAAGAUUGGAAACUGGAGUGAGUGCUCUACCACAUGCGGAGUUGGUGCUGUGUGGAGACAGGUGGAGUGCAGUACUGAUGAAGAAUCUGACUGUGAUAAGAUUAAGAAACCAGUCCCUGCUCGGAGAUGUUUUGUACGUCCUUGUGCUACAUGGAAAAUAGAUAACUGGAGCAAGUGUUCAGAAAACUGUGGAGGUGGUAUUAAAAUCCGUGAUAUACAGUGUAUGGAUACUCGAGACAAAAGACCGCUGCGACCUUUCCACUGCCAGUUACUAGGAGCCAAACCAACCACAAAUCUUCACUGUAAUCCAAAGCCCUGCAGUGAAUGGAAUAUUUCUCCGUGGAGUAAGUGUUCAAAAACAUGUGGCAUUGGAAUACAAGAACGGUCAGUUUACUGUGUGGAAGACCAGCAGUGCAAUCCUAAAGUAGAGCCUCAAGCCACCAGACCCUGCAAUAAUCAACCGUGCACUCAGUGGGUGACUGGAACUUGGAGUGAGUGUUCUGCAUCUUGCGGAGGAGGUUCUCAGCACCGGAUGGUGAAAUGCAUGAACACGGACACUAAUAAAACAGAGGAAGACAGCAGAUUGUGUGAGCUUGAGCCAAGCCCUAGUGUGACACAGUUGUGCAACCUUCAAAAGUGCACUAACAGCAAGGAAAACAUCUGUAUUAAGGACAGAAUGUCAGAAAAAUUUUGCCUCACCUUGAAGAAAUUGGGUCGAUGCACCAUGGCGGCAAUAAAAUUUCAGUGCUGUCAAACCUGCCAGAAAUUUAAUGUCACGAUAAGGAGAAAAGGAUUUGAUCGUGGUUCCAGCCGAAGAACCAAUUCGUGAAAGGCAGUUUGGAUUUACAUUUAGAGGAUCUGGAACUUGGCUUCUUUAAACAAGGUUUAGAAUGAUUUGCCAAGAUGCUGUUUAAUUCUCACAAUUCUUGGUUGACUAAAGAACUCGGUAUAUAUGCAGUUCCCAGGUGCAGGGAAGCAGUUUGAUUGCACAUCAAUUUACUUAUUUUGUCAGUUCUUAAUCAUUGCAACCUCAAUUAGUUCAUUUCAUAGGACUUCCUAUUCUUUAGACUUAAAUACUUAUAAGAAACUUUUUACCAUAAUUUCAAAAAUUCCAACUUAAGCAGAAGGUUUUUAUUUCCUGUUUUGAUGGUUUUCCUUUUCAAUCUUAAAACCAGAACACUUGAAAAUAAGUAUUAAUACUAUUGUGUUUGAUAAGAAUACAUUUUCCUGGGCAUCCUUCAUUUUCCCUAAUAUCCUUUCUUGUAAUUCCUCUCAACCAUCUGAUGCCAAUGCCACAUUGAAACAUAGGGUUAACGUCUUUCUGA